AUAUAUAUAGAACAAGGUAAUUAAUAAAAAUGGCUGGCGAUGAACCUGGGCUUGAUCAAACGGCAACAUGGUCCGUUGCGUGUGUUUGUGCAGUCAUUGUUAUAAUCUCCAUGGCUAUGGAGCAUAGUAUUCAUAGCGUAGGACAUUUUCUGAAAAAACGUCAUAAACCGGGGCUAUUGGAAGCACUAGAGAAGAUAAAAAAUGAGCUUAUGAUACUGGGAUUUAUUUCGUUGCUACUGGUGUUCAGCCAGAACUAUAUUGCAUCCAUCUGCAUUUCCAAGGAGUUUACAAAGGAUUUCUUGCCAUGCAAGAAAGAGAAAUAUGAUAAGGAAGGUGAUAAGGAGAAAGGGGGUGAAAGGAGAUUGUUAUGGUAUGAGCAUAGGAUGUUAGCAGAUGAUCCGCCAAAAGAAUGCGACGAAGGAUAUGAACAAUUUAUAUCAGUUGCUGGAUUGCACCAAUUGCAUAUCUUUAUAUUCUUCCUGGCAGUGUUUCAUGUCAUUUAUAGUGCCCUCACCAUGAUUUGCGGCAGAGCAAAGACCCGCAAGUGGAAAUUAUGGGAAAAAGAGAUCCUGGAGGAUCAUGUACCGGGCAAUGAUCCAUCCAAGUACCGACUUACCAAGGACUUGUCUUUCGUAAAACAUCACACGGGUGCUUUUACAAACACUCCAGCAAUGUUCUACAUUGUAUGCUUCUUUAAGCAGUUCGUUUCAUCUGUCCGAAAAUCAGAUUACUUGGCCAUGCGCCAUGCUUUUUUCUCUGUUCAUUUAACGCCUGGGACUCACUUCAACUUUCAAAAGUACAUAAAACGAUCACUAGAAGAUGACUUCAAAGUCAUUGUAGGAAUCAGCCCAAUGCUAUGGGCUACCGCCGUCCUUUUUCUUUUUGCAAACGUUGAUGGAGCUCGCGCUAUGACUUAUUUAUCUUUAUUUCCUGUAGUUAUAAUCUUAGCAGUUGGAACAAAGCUUCAAGCAAUUGUAUCACAGAUGGCUGUUGAAAUACAAGAGCGACAGUCGGUGGUACAAGGGAUACCUGUUGUGGAACUCUCCGAUAGACACUUUUGGUUUAACCAGCCCACAUUGAUCCUCUCCCUUAUUCAACUAACUCUCUUUCAGAAUUCAUUUGAGAUAACACACUUCUUUUGGAUAUGGUAUGAGUUUGGACUUGAUACUUGCUUUUACGAAAGUCCCUUUCUUCAAUAUGGUAGAGUUAUCAUAGGAAUUCUAGUACAAGGCUUAUGCAGCUACAGCAUACUUCCACUCUACGCGCUUGUUACCCAGAUGGGUUCAACAAUGAAGAGGUCAAUUUUUGAUGAUCACACGUCAAAGACUCUAAAGAAUUGGCAUGCCCAUGUGAAAAAGAAGGACAAAGAUCAUGAUAAAAAAUCAAAGAGUACUCCAAGUGAACCACCAGCCAAGGGUAAGUCAAGUGAUUCAGCAAAAACGGUAUCCAGUGUUGACAUACCCGAGGAGCAUAAGACCUAACCUCCUACUCCAUCCA